UGUAUUCCAAGUGUGACUUCUUGUUGUUUUACAGGUUUAUGAUGGAACUCACAUCUUUGCCUAAAUUCCUUUGGACAAAUGACAACAGAUUUCUGCAUCACCAUUUCCCGGAUAUACUGGCUACUGUUCACACCACACAAGACAUUCCUGAGGAAACUGUUUUUGGCCCGUGCAUGUUGCAGAACACCCUGCUGGACACUGUAGCUUUUAUUGCCCUCAAGUGUUGUGAUAGACGGACCAUCCACUAUGUGUUUAAGGUAGAUGUCACGUCUGUGCACAGUCCUACAGGGCUGCCUUGGAUGAGGCUCGUACAAGCAGCUGCCAAUAGCAAGGAGCAAAACUUGGAAGCUUACUUAGAAAACAGUCAGUUAUAUUAUCGCUCUACCAGGAAAAUCAACAAAAAUGAGGAGCUACUUGUCUGGUAUGAUGAAGAGCUUUCCAGUCUCUUGGGUUUCAAUGAGAUAAAAACUCAGAGUCCCCAGAAUGAGAUGAGAUGCCAAGAAUGCAACCGAGUCUUUAAAUGUGAGCAUUCCUAUCUAUCCCACGUCCGCUUCCUGUGCAUCCCGGAGAAGAGUGCCCUAUGGAGGAACUUCCAGGCUGAAAAAGGCGCCUUAGUGGAGCAGACCACAAAUUUCCACAGCCUGGCAAAGGAUCUAGAGGUCAAAAUGACAUCUCGCAAAGAUGAUGCCCAUGGUCUCACUGGAGAAAAGAGAGCAAAAUCAGAAGAGGCUGAGAACAACAGGAGCAGGAAAACAGUGUUGUUGGAGAAAACAAAUAAUCUGAGUGAGGAACAUAACUGUGGGGGCAAGGAAGAGGCUGGAGGAGAGCAUGCACCAGCUGGUUCUUUCUGGAAGCCAAGUUCAGGGAGGCAGUCAGCUAGGAAGGAGGCUUUCGAGCAGAAGCAGAGUGCUUUCACUGAGGUCAGGAGGAUGAAGGAGAAGCUGAGGAAUGAGAGACCCAAAGAGUCAGACCAGGAGGAUGGCACAGCUCAUGCUGGUAAGGAGCAGGUAUCAAAGGAAGCAUUGCUGAACUCCUCUGGUAGUGCAUUCUCCUUUGUGUGGCCCACUAGAGGCCAAGGAGAGCAGAAGAGUGCUUUCAGCAAGCCCAGUAAAUGUCUUGCAGAAAGAAUGGCAAUAAAUUCUUCUCAUCCCAUGAGUGAGUCACCAAAAAGCCUGGGGGAGCUGUCUGGCUUCAUCGCCACCACAGACAUCAUGUGCUGCAGCACUCUUCUCAACUCCAAGUUCUUUGUCAGUGAUUUGUGUAAUGCUCAGAUGCUGCAGACUAGCAUCAUUCGGGGAAAUGUUUUCCCAUAUACCUCUGAACCGUGGCACAAGCAAGCAGGAGAGUUACAGAAUACGACCACUACUUCUUCCUCCACCUCCACCUCCUCCUCCUUGACUCUUCUUCCCCCCACCUUCACGUCCUUUGGAGUGGCUGCCCAGAACUGGUGUGCCAAAUGCAACCUGUCCUUUCGCAUGACUUCCGAUUUAGUCUUCCACAUGCGGUCACAUCACAAAAAAGAAUACUCUUCAACUGAAUCCCAGAGCAAGAGGAGACGGGAGGAGAAGCUCACAUGUCCCAUUUGUCAUGAGUACUUCCGAGAACGCCAUCAUUUAUCCCGGCACAUGACCUCUCACAAUUAGGGCUGUGCAGAUGGAUCUCACCAAGGGACUGGGCAGGUUGGGUAGAGUAGGGGGACAUCAUUCAUUUGUAUCCAUUUCUUUUUUGCGUUUACAUUAAUUUCUUACAGAAAAUCACUGUUUACAGUAAUUUAUAAUAGAUGCUUUGCAAAAAAUAUGAUAUGUUUACAAAAGUCUGAGUGGGUUGAAAGUUUUGCAAACUCAGCCUGGCCCUUGUCAAUCUAUUUUUGAGGAAAUAAAAUUGUGAAAUGAAUGCACGUGCAGUAUUAAUUUGCAAACAAAUUUUGGGGACAAAGGUAUCAUUUUCAGACAAAAUCUGAUUUGCUGGUGUCUGUGCUGUACAGUGUAAGUACAGAAGCAGUAACCUCUUCACUGAAUGUGGAAUCUUUAAAUCUACACGCUUGUAUGCAAAAAGAAACAAAGUUACUGUUUGUAUCAGCUGUGGUGGCCUCUUAGUCUGAGCUGCUUUCUAGACUCUGCUGCUUUUGAAAUGAUGUAUAAAAAAUCAGACAAGUCUGCAUCUGCAUCAAAGUGUGAGCAGUAGUCAAAUGAUCAUUUAAGGAAGGGAGCACUGAUUCUUCCCAGAGGUCGGCUUGCAAGAUCCAUGUGACUUCUGUAGGUAUGCAGGUCUGAUCGGGGCAGGAUUUUGCUUGUGGAUUUCAAUUUAUGGAUAUACUGAAGAAGGCAGCUGGGGUGUCUCAGUUACUGCUAGCAGAUGCUAGAUAGAACCUGCAUUCUGCAUCCUAGCUGGUAGGCUCUGUUCUGCUGACAGCUAGAAGAGGAAUGUCCUUUACAAAACAACACAAAUGUUCAUGAAUUGCACUGGAUGAGACCAUUUCUAUCAUCUGGUUUCUACACUGGCUAAUUCCAGAUGUUUCAAAGAAGAUGCCAAAGCCUCUCUGUAGCCAGUCCAUAUGAGAUGAUUUUCUGUUGCCUCCUUUGGUUUGUGUUCUGCUUAGUCUCAGAUGCAGAUGAGUUUAUAUUACUUGGGGGGGUGAGGGCAGGAGGGAGAAGAAAGCAGCAACCCUGCCUGUUGUUACUGCAGUUCAUCUAAUUAGCCUUUCAUUACUUCUUAAAUCCACUUAGGGACUUACUCUUGAAAGUUUAUGACAACAUGUUCUUCAAUUGAGCAUUUGUCUCUUUCAUACUGUAUUUUUUUAAGGUUGACUCCUGGUUUUGUGACCUCUCUCUGUGCCUCAUGUGCUAUUAUUCCCUUUCAAGUAAUGAUCAUUAACUGUUCAUCUCACAGCUAAAAAGUACCCCUGGAAUUUGUAUAGGAGAUUGAAAUCUGCUUCUUAUUACUCUCCAUCAUGCCAGUGAUAUAGUCCAGUGUUUGCAGCACACUGGACAAAAGUUUUCAUUGAGUUCCCAUGAUGAUGUUGAUAAUGCAAGUAUCAGAAAGCACAUAAAGACAUCUGAGUGACAAAAGACAGCCCUAAGGUCUUAGGCUGUCAGUUGGGAUCAACAUAUUACCCUCACUGUUACCUCUUGGAAGAUUUCUAUAAGUCAGGAAAUUGUAUUCUUCCCAUUAUACUGCUGUUCAACAUUAAUACGUGGCCGUUCCCUAUUAGCAUAAACAUUCGACGUAUUGUAGGCCAACCACUGGCUGCGCAAUCCAGCUUUAUUUUCCAAUAAAAAGUGAUUAAAUCUUUACACUGUGUCUUUGAAUUCAGAAGACAUAAGCCGAGACUGGAGAUCUGGUUGGAUUGUAAUACAGCUUUCCAUGUCAGUGGUGGAAGAUCUUUCACCUGAGUCACUGAAAACCAAAGGGAACAAAAGCUUUGAAACACGUAGCACAGGGAACAACCUUGCUCUGAGUAGGAGAUGAUGUGGUUUCCUCCUAAUCUUUCAAUCUCUAUUUUGUGUCCAAUAACAUUUACUGUGUAAGGAACAUAUUUAUGGCAAGGUUUCACAGGCCAAAUUUCACUCCAUCUGGUUUUGCCUGGGUGCCAGCCAGUUUACUGUGAAAAGCCAGUGUCCAUAAAGUGUAAUAAAGGAACUCCAUGGUAUAACUGCAUUCAUAUGCAGUUUGGGUUAUAGUUCCCAUUAGUACCUUAGGCCAGAUUGUGAUCUCACUUAUUCCAGUGCAAAUCUAGAGUAAUUCCAUGUUGCUACUCCUGAUUUACAUCAAUGACUUUCAGAUCAAUCUUGCCAUGUAUAAGACUGAAUGUUGUUUGGUACCACUGCUGCCAAAUGUUCUUCUCUCUGCUUACUGAAAGAUACUGUUUUAUUAACAGUUGUAUGUUAGAAACUUCAGAGUUCUUCUGGAAAAAGACAGGAUCAACUGUGUAAUGCUUCCUGGUCUUAUGCUGGUGCAUUGCUUAAGCACUGUCUACUCCAACGUCCUGUUUUUUCUAGUGCACUGCACCUAGGCCAGAAUGAAACUGUACCAGACCUAACUGAUUGGAUGCUUUCGCUGACCUUAGUUGAUAUAAGUCAUCUUGAGAAAGUGUGGAAAAUUGGCCCCUGAUAAAAAGCUGCCAAGUUUUCAAACCUCAUCCAAUGGUGCAUUAGACCUGAAUCGUCAGAGCUCUCAGCAGUAAUUGAAAUCCAAUGUGCUUAUGGCAUGAAUCUUAUGCAAACAGCAAGGUUACAGAGAGACUUUCUGUAUCUCAUGAAGCUUAUUUCUUUGCUGAAAAAAUAAAUGAAAAAAGAAAACUCCUACCCUGCUUCUUUGUAGGCUCAACCACAUCAUACAUUGAUGACAAACAUCUAAAUAAAAGCCUUCUGUACAUAAAAAAUAAAGAGUUAUGAAGCAUGCCAAAGCUAGCUGGAGAUUAAAAAACUAAAGAGGAUAGGUUUUUAAUCAGCUUUUCUCCUGAUACCAUCCUCACUUCCUCCCCUCCAGUUGCAGGAACAGCACAGUUUGGUACUAGCAUGUAAAGGCGGGGAUUUUCUUCUUGCAUACCAGAAACCCCACUGCAGGGAAGUGUUUGCUAUUCUGCCUUGUCCCUUUCAGAUUAGCUCAAAGACUGAGGGAAAGCAAAUUGCUUUUUACACUGAAGACUAAAGCGUUUUGUGAAGUAAGAUCUGUUUACACACACAGCUGCUCAGUAUCACAUUCUGUUGCAAGCUACACCUGUGCCAGCAUCAGAGCAAAAUAGCACAGAUAUCAACAGAACCAGAACUUGAUUCCCUAUGUGUAAAAUACUCUUCUGUGCAAAGCCCCUCAUGCAGUUGAGGAGGGAUGGCUUUUAUGUGUUUCACAUUUAACUGAUUGUCUCAUUUAAGUUACAUUAAGAGUUACAUAAACCAUUGGGCUUAUUCAAGAAUUUUGGAGAUUUUAUUUCUUUAUAUGAAAAUAUUCAUAUUAAAGCUGAGUGAACCAAGGCAGAAGGAAACCUAAUGAGACAAAGAAAAAGAAAUAUCCUGUAAUUGGGUCAUGUUGGAAGGUUUCUUCUUAUGACUAGAAGUCUGAACAUUCAAAUUGGUACAGAUGAAAGAAAAUCCUGCUGAAGGAAAGUCACUCCUUUAGAGCAGGGGUUUCUUGAAUAAAUGCAGGGACUUGAGGAAUGCAUGAAGCUAAUCCUUCAGUCUCACAGUGUAAUGCUAUGAUUUGACAGCAGGGAUCUGCAUGUUUUCUACAGCUAGAGAUGGUUUGAGGAAAAAAAUAACAUUUUUCACUAAUUUCUUAUAUGCAGUCUGUGAAUUCCCUACGGUCUACAGUUUGAAAACCAGACUAGGGCACCUUCUGCAGUAUGAUCAGUGGGGUCUGCUUUAGAAACACUGUCUAGAGAGCAAGAACACACCAUUCCAUAGUGCAAAAAAUGAAAAGUUUGCCUGUCAAUUUUUGGUCAGAGUCCUGGGAACUCUAAAAUGAGGUGGAUCAUAUGGCUAGGAGGCCUAAUAUACUCAUUUAUUUCUUGCUUUCUUUGAAAGGAACAUUAGCAGAAUUAACCAUUAGAAAGUUGUUCUGGAAUGGAUGGUAGGAAAUGGUGCUACAAACUCUUGAACUUUCAUCUCAACUCUGGAACCAGAAUAGAGAAGAGUGGUGUUUUCAAUGUGUUUGUGUUACGUAAAGAGCUGGAAGAGCACUUCAGAAUUAAUUCAGUCCAUUUAUAAGAUGACUUCUAUCUAACUUUCUAACAUAAACCACAAACCAGCUGUUUUCUAUAAUUUCAUUCAUAGUUUGAUGAUGUUCUAGCCUUUCAAUGCAGUGUAAUUGAAAGUAAUUGUAUAGAAAAUUGAGGGAGUAUUACAGCAUUAUUGAUAUCAAAUGGAGUCGCCAGCAAAUGCAUUUUCUUUUCUUGUUUUCCCAACUACAUUCCAAUCAUUAAACUUUUAUUGUUCAAAAGUACUUAUAUUACUUCAGCAAAGAAAUAAUUUGCUAUUUGUGCUCAUCUGGUAUAGUACUUGGUCUCCGAAUGGAUGACCACAGUUUAUAAAUGUUACAUUUGAGAACGACUGUUUGUACAUGACAGCACAACAGAUUGUGCUGAGGAGAAAAGCAUAUCUUGAUCAUUUAGAUUAUUAAAAGACAUUAGAAGGAAUGCACCAGUGUUUACUCAUUCAUUGACUACCCCAGUCUUUUCUUUAUUAAGUAUCUUUAAUAUUCUUCAUAUAUAUAAACAUAUCGCUUCACACAAAACGCUCUAUGAGUUUUAAUCCAUUUCAAUGGCUCUACAACACUGAGAAAUCCAACAACUAGCUACUGAAUAAAAAUCAAAGUAUAAAAAUAACUCAGAAGAGUCCAGGUUAGUAUCGCACCAACAGUAACUGGAAAGAUGAACAAGCAGAAAAAAGAUGUCUACUUUGUUGUUAAAAUGAUUUUAGUGAUUACUAAAGAGAUCUCUGCAGUUAGAUGUUUAAAUGUGAUUUAUGAAAAAUAGCAGCUACUCACAAAUGAUCAAGCAAAGAGAAAUGUAUAACAACUACAGCUUCUAAUUGGUGACAUUUAGGGACAACAUUUUUCUAAGUUAAUUGCCUUAAAGCUGGUACUUUGCAGAUAUGAGGAAUCUUGAUAUCUAUAUUAGAGUUAUACACAUUUCUAAAUCAUUACAAAGAGAGAUGGUUAGAUAGGAAUUGUAAGAACGGAGGGCAUUGAGUAGGUUCAUUCCAAUAACCCUGUUAAUAGCCAUGAAAUACACAAUCGCUUAAUAACUAGUUUGCUGGCAGGGCACAAAGGAUAUUUCUUAGUUUUCUUCUUGUCUUUGAGGCAAAACGCACAAUAAUCUGUUUUUAGCCUUAAGUCCAUACAACUAUUUUUCCUUAGUGUUGAUCUGAGCACAGGGUGAAAGAGCAGGAAUGUCUUUUCGACCUUUGCGUAAAUGCUUUAAGGUGGUUCGUGUGGCUUCAAUACCGUCUGCUGGGAUUUUCUAAUGGACCAAAGGAAAUCUGUUAUUUGGAGCAAAAUCUUAGGAAAAAACAGACAAUGCAAAAACGAACAUUUACAUUUUGACCACAGGAGAGAAAUCCAGCUACUCCACUGAUAUAUCCAAUUAUCUUAACCAUGCCCAGAAAGAGCUGAGUUCCUCAGAAUGGUGUAAAAAAAAAAAAAAAAAA